AUUUACGGGUCUCGUAAAAGAAAGAAAAAGUAGAAAUGGCGGAGCUUUCAGAGACUUACGUUUGCGUUCCGUCAACGGAGCGAGGACGAGGUAUCCUAAUUUCGGGCGAUCCCAAGUCGAACUCAAUCCUCUACUGCAAUGGCAGAUCCGUUAUUAUUCGCUACCUCGAUAAGCCUCUUGAAGUUUCUAUCUAUGGUGAGCAUGCUUAUCCUGCCACCGUCGCUCGCUUCUCCCCCAAUGGUGAGUGGAUCGCUUCCGCCGAUGUUUCUGGGACCAUCAAAAUUUGGGGGGUGCAUAAUGAUCACGUCCUCAAGAACGAAUUUAGGGUUCUUUCCGGUCGGAUCGAUGAUCUCCAAUGGUCACCUGAUGGUCAAAGGAUUGUAGCUUCCGGUGAUGGCAAGGGCAAAUCAUUUGUGCGAGCUUUCAUGUGGGAUUCAGGCACUAAUGUGGGGGAGUUUGAUGGGCAUUCAAAGCGUGUUUUGAGUUGCGCCUUUAAGCCAACAAGACCAUUUCGCAUUGUCACGUGUGGCGAGGAUUUUUUGGUGAACUUCUAUGAAGGACCACCAUUUAAAUUCAAGCAGUCUCACAGGGACCAUUCAAAUUUUGUCAAUUGUGUCAGAUUUUCUCCUGAUGGAAGCAAAUUCAUCAGUGUUAGCUCAGAUAAGAAGGGGCUAAUAUAUGAUGCCAAGACUGGACAGAAGAUUGGACAGUUGUCGUCUGAAGAUGGCCACAAGGGCACCAUCUAUGCUGUUAGUUGGAGUCCUGAUAGUAAACAGGUGCUGACAGUUUCUGCUGACAAGUCUGCAAAAAUAUGGGAAAUUUCAGAGGAUGGUAAUGGGAAGGUGAAGAAGACACUGGCAUGUCCUGGAUCGGGAGGAGUGGAUGAUAUGCUAGUUGGAUGUCUUUGGCUGAAUGACCAUCUUGUCACUGUUUCUCUUGGUGGUACAAUUAAUUUAUUUUCAGCAACUGAUCCAGAUAAAACCCCACUAUCAUUAUCUGGGCAUAUGAAGAGUGUCAGUUCAUUAGCUGUACUUCAAAGCAGCCCAAAAGUCAUCUUGUCUAGCAGCUAUGAUGGCGUAAUUGUUAGAUGGAUUCAAGGAAUUGGUUACAGUGGUAAAUUAGAAAGGAAAGAUAGUUCUCAAAUCAAGUGUUUUAUUGCUGUUGAAGAAGAGAUUGUUUCAUCUGGAUUUGAUAAUAAGGUAAAGAGAAAUCCUUUGCUUGGGGAUCAAUGUGGAGAGGCAGAAUCCAUUGAUGUUGGUAGUCAGCCCAAGGACUUGAGCCUUGCGCCUCUUUGUCCUGAACUUGCUUUGAUUUCAACUGAUUCAGGAGUUGUUCUACUUCGUGGGUCAAAAUUAGUUUCAACAAUCAACCUUGGGUUUGCCGUGACGGCAUCAACGAUUUCACCGGAUGGAAGUGAAGCUAUUGUGGGUGCACAGGAUGGUAAAUUGCAUGUAUAUUCAAUCAAGGGGGAUACACUAAUGGAAGAAACAGUCCUUGAGAAGCACCGGGGUGCUAUAAGUGUUAUUCGUUACUCGCCUGAUUCUUCCUUGAUUGCUUCGGGGGAUCUUAAUCGAGAAGCUGUUGUAUGGGAUCGUGCAUCUCGAGAGGUGAAGCUAAAGAACAUGUUAUACCAUACUGCCCGUAUAAACUGUCUGGCUUGGUCUCCUGAUAACACUAAAGUUGCAACUGGAUCACUUGACACGUGUGUUAUCAUUUACGAAAUUGAUAAGCCUGCAUCCAGUCGAAUAACUAUUAAGGGAGCUCACUUGGGUGGUGUAUAUGGAGUGGCUUUCACAGAUGAGCAGAGUCUGGUGAGUUCAGGAGAGGAUGCUUGCGUACGAGUAUGGAGAUUGACACCACAAUAGAGGGUUGCAAUUUAAGCAAGAUCUCACCUUGACAAGAAGUUUGGUGAUUGUGAAGUGUUGUUUUAUGCAGGUUUUGUUUGUUGAGAGUUUGUGCUUCGCAUUGGGGGAGGGGGGGGGGUGUAAGAAAUGAAGAGGAAAACAAAAAAAAAAAAGAUAGGUUGAUUGGGUAUGGAAUUGUAUUUCUAUUCAAUUUGUUUAUCUUUCUCAAUCCAUGCAGUGUUUCUUCAUGAAGAUUUCUCAAGGACAUGCUUACACGAAGAUAUGGAUGUCACAAUAGAAAAUCAGUAAUGUUUGUUUGAUAUCACUGUGAUGUGCCCAAUUUAAAUUAUGAAGAGCAUAGUAGUUCUCUAUUUCAUGUUUUUAU